AUGUCUUCAGAGUCUGAAGCAACUGGUAAGGCCAAAGUCUUAGUUUUGGCUGAUAUUGCACAGUACCCAGAAUAUCUCCGAUCUACACAGCUCCGUAAGCAGGUGGCAACAAUGUCCCAGAUUCUUAAUCUUAAGGAUAAUGAGCUUGAUCAAUUAGCUAACUUUUUGGGCCACGAUAUUCGGGUUCAUCGAGACUAUUACCGGUUACCAGAUGCAACAAUAGAAAUUGCAAAAAUUUCAAAGCUUCUCUUGGCAAUGGAGAAGGGAACUCUUGCCAAUUUCCAAGGAAAGUCUCUUGAUGAAAUUGAGAUAGAAGAUGAAAUUGAUGUGGAAUUAGAUGAGGAAGAAAUAAGCGAUGAAGAUGAAGAGUCUGAGCCUGUCCCUGGAGUAAGAGGAAAUGAACAAGUGAUGGAGUUGACCCAGGAUGAGACAAAAAGUUCCAACGGGAAAACUAAAUUGGGCCAAGAUGAGGCUGACAGCUCCACAGGAAAAAGAAAAAUGAAUCCGGAUGAAACUGCGAACUCCAGAGAGACCAAAUCGAGGAAAACUGUGAAAAGGCCAUGGAGCCCAAAUGAAGUGAAUGCUGUCAUGAAACAUUUCAAAGUCCAUAUUUCAAAGGGACACCUUGCAUCAAAAAUCGAGUGUGAGCAGUGCAAGACUGCAGAGGACCCUGUUCUGAAAGAAAGAACUGUCCAGAAUAUAAGGGACUUCGUGAGGAACCGAGGUUUGAUGUUGAAAAAGAAAAGUUAUUAAUUAGUCUCACAUCUGCCUCCUUGUCUGAAAGACUUGUUUUCUACAUUUGUCUACCAAGUUGUUCUGUUUAUCCUUCAAUUUUUUUUUUUUGCUGUUUGCUGUUGUGGUAAAUAAUUGAAUGACAAGGUUUUGUUACUGAUCACAUAGAGCCCAGGAAGUUUGUUCGGUUCUGUUUUUCGGAGGAAAUUGCUAUUGCUGUUGUUUGCUAUACCUUUCAGUAUAUUUUCCAAACAGACAAAUGUGAAUUUGGCAGAGCUGCAAAGACAUGUUAAUAAUAAAAAAGAUUAUGGGGCAUAACAUUAUUCUACAGAUGUGCUGUGCUCAUUUGGCUAGUGCAGCUCCUCCUCCUGAUCUGUUUACAGAUCAUGUUUCAUGUGGUCCACUGGAAGGCUUUGAAUUUUGCACUACUUAUUACUCCAAACUACACUUGAAGUCAUUGCUGUGAGAGUUAGUGUGGAGCUGCUUGACAGGUGUUGGUUACCUUUCGACACAAAGAGGUACAAAGAAAACAAGAAGGUUCCAGAUUGUUUGCUGGAAGUGAUUCUUCAUUCUUCUGGACUGUUUAAAGGGUUAGUUUACGAAAAAAUGUAAAAUUCUGUCAUUAAUUACUCACCCUCUUGCCGUUCCACACCGUUCAUCUUCAGAACACAAAUUAAGAUAUUUCCUAGAGAGAUCUUUUUGGCCUUCCAUUAAUGCGUGUGCUUUUGAUCUGCAAAAUUGUCUAAAAUGUUGUUGGGCCACUUAAUUUAUAAGCAGAAGAGUCUGACUCAGGACUACAUUUUUUGUUGAAUACAUCCUUUUAUUUACUUUUGUUAAAACAUUGUUUUUAUAGAAAAUUACAAAUAAUUAAUUUCCUUUUCAGUUUCUUUUGAGUUUAAUUGGUUUAGUUUUAUUGCUUCAUCUUAUUGACCUUUGGUUUAGUAUGGUUAACUCUAAUACUAGUACUCCUGCUAUGUAUGGAGUAAAUGGAGUGAAGUCCAGUUAAACCCAGAUUGUCCUCGUAAUGAAAGGUUAGGUAGGGUUGUGUGUGUUUGUGUGUGUGAAGUCCAGUUAAACCCAGAUUGUCCUCAUAAUGAAGGGUUAGGUAGGGUUGUGUGUGUGUAUGUGUGUGAAGUCCAGUUAAACCCAGAUUGUCCUCAUAAUUAAGGGUUAGUUAGGGUUGUGUGUGUUUGUGUGUGUGAAGCCCAGUUAAACCCAGAUUGUCCUCGUAAUGAAGGGUCAGUUAUGGUUGUGUGUGUUUGUGUGUGUGAAGUCCAGUUAAACCCAGAUUGUCCUCAUAAUUAAGGGUUAGUUAGGGUUGUGUGUGUUUGUGUGUGUGAAGCCCAGUUAAACCCAGAUUGUCCUCGUAAUGAAUGGUCAGUUAUGGUUGUGUGUGUUUGUGUGUGUGAAGUCCAGUUAAACCCAUUGUCCUCAUAAUUAAGGGUUAGGUAGGGUUGUGUGUGUUUGUGUGUGUGAAGUCCAGUUAAACCCAGAUUGUCCUCGUAAUGAAGGGUCAGUUAUGGUUGUGUGUGUUUGUGUGUGUGAAGUCCAGUUAAACCCAGAUUGUCCUCAUAAUGAAGGGUUAGUUAUGGUUGUGUGUGUGUGUGUAAACAAUGUCCAGUUAAACCCAAAUGGUCAACAAUUUUCAUUUAGAUACUAAUCAAUUCUUGAACAAUCGUACUCUUUUUCACAAUAACAUAAAAAAACACCAUCAAAGGCCAAAAUUUUUCUUUAUUCAAAACAUUUUUUUUAUACAAACCUACUUAAAAUCUAAUGAAUAAAUUAAGACAUUGACAUUCAAGGUUCAAUUAUGAAAACUACUUAUAUAACUUACAAUAAAACCAUAAUCUCAAACUGUUGAAAAAAAAUUAUGCAUAAAUGUGUAUUCUCACUGGGAAGUGACUGAUCUAGUCAGUGACGGUUAACUAGUAAACUAUCCUUUGUUUUUUUUAUUUCUUAAUUUUUAUAGCUAAAUUAUUUUCAUAUUUCACUUCCCCUCUUCUCUCUUUGCUCUUCACUCACAUCACACCUGUUAAAGCUCACAUUACAAACUCAGGAUUGUUUUCUGAAAUAUUUAAUAAGAUUAAGCCAGGUUAAGCAGUUGCUGAUAAUUUCUUGCUUUGUUUUGUUUUCUUAUUUUGUUUUUCUAUAUACUGGUAUUGAAACGUACUCAAGUGAUGUGGUACACACAAGGGUAAAGUUAAACAAAUAUGAUGCUCAUGUUUAAUGAUGUACUGUAGGUGACUGCCCAGAUAAACCAGGGUAGUCCUCAUAAGUCAUAAUUAAAUCAGGACACGCCCACUCCCACCCCGUCCUCACAGUGCUGUAGAAUGUCAGGUCUUCAUAUUUCCAAACUGCUUCAGUAGAAUUAAAUUCUGAGCAGUCAGCGUUUUACCCCAUGCCAUAAGGAGCAGUUUAAUGUUUCUUAUUAAUUUCUAUGACAAUGGGAAAGGUGGGUCCCCAUAAACCACAAUGGAACUUAUUUGGAAAAAAAGUCCUUAUAAACCACCCGUACCAGUAUAUGUGUGUGUGUGUGUGUGUGUGUGAGUGUGUGUGAGUGUGUGUGUGUGUGUGUGUGUGUGUGUGUGUGUAGGUGUGUGUGCGUGUGUGUGUAUGUGUGAGAGUAUAUGUUUUUCGUUAGAUUAGUUUGUGCGUUGUAGAUUUAGUUCAAUAAAGUCUUGUUUGAUUUUCCAUACAUACAGUGUCUUGUGCUGUGCUUACCAAAUUGCUGCCUUAAACAAAGAUCAUGCUACCUUGCUCAUAAUCAUAAUCAUAAUUAAUAAUCAUAGCAAAAUAUUAUUACUGUUGGCCACAGAAUAAUAAUUUUGUCCAUAAUUAGUAAAAAUACUGUAACCUCAAUUUUUCGGUGGACGAAUAAUUGAUAAAGUGUUAAAUAUUGAUUCUGAAUCAUUUAUGGUUUAUCCGGUUCUUAAAAAAAUGUAAUUUAAUUACAUUUUUGAUUAAUU